AUGAGCCCAAAAGUAGCAUCCUUGGCCAAAAAAGGCAAAUUCUUGGCCAAUAGAGCUACCCAGAAGGUCAAGAGAGACUUUGCUCGGUUCGGUAUUCGUGGAUGUGUCCUAGAUGUUGUGGAGCAGACCCUUCAUGACAUCCUUGCCGAAGUGCCUUCGAGCGGUCCAACUGAUCACAACACAGUCAGAAAGUACUUUGGACUCAAAGACACCCAGUCGUCUCACGAAGCCACAAAGGUUAACAAACUCUGGGAGAUCCUGACCGCACAUCUUGGUGAGGGAGAGGUCAACGAGUUCUAUGUCUCCAGGUGCCGCCUCAACGACUUGCUUGAAGAGCGGCGCGCUGGCUUUAUUGUCGGUGGCGUAGGUCGAACGGCAGCACUUUGA